UCCCAACACAGCGGGUGGCACUCUGGAGGUGGGGAGGGGAGUCCAACCCAUCACACCUAAAUCUCAGUGCAUUGGUAAAACUAUGAUGCAAAGUAAAAUUUUUGCUGUUUUAUUGGUUCCUGUAUCUGCUGCUACUGUAAAUGUGCUUGUGAUGCAAUGUGUUUGAUCUUUUUUUUGAUCCCUGUGAUACUGAUGAUUGUGGGAUUUUAUACUUAAGGGAAAUAAAACUUUAUAGCUUUAAGUCUCUUGUGGGUAGCAUUUUGAGCAGGGCAGGGCAGCGUUUAAAGGUUGAGCAGGCUGAGAGGGGCUCCCAGCUCCAUUCAACAUUGUAGUGGACAGCCAGUACCAGAAAAUGUUGUUUAAAUCCCCCUGUACAGUUUUAUUCUGUUACUGUUUAUUCUAUGUAAUACUUUCUGGUAGAGUUCACCACCACAGCAGUUUCAGGGUGGCUGUCCAUAUGGGGUUUUUGUAUAAUAUCCAAAUCCUCUGGGUCAGGUGGCAUUGUUUCUAAAAAUGCUGUCCAGUGGUUCAUAGUUUGGUCAAGGUGGUAGGAGCAUUACCAGUGUUCCUGUUCUUGUCCCUUGUCUUCAGGUACUUUUACCAGAGCUCCUUUGCUUUGAUAUGGCACUGGAAUCAAGUCUGGGAGUGUCCAUCGCAGUCAUUUGCUUUGACUGUGGCUUUUAGUUGUUUGCAUUCUGGUGACUCUUAUGCAGAUGGAACUGGAUGUGCAGCUCUCCAAAGAGGGCGAUCAAGUCCAGGAGCUCUGCAGGGGUCCACGCAAAAGCACCAAGGUGCAUGACUGCUAUAAUGGGAAUAUGAGCCUGGGAGUGUGAACUCACUACUUCCUGGUAUCAAACAGGGGCACACCUGGCUACCCAUCAGCAUUUAAAUAGGAGGAUGACAUCCAGCCAAGAUGAAAUCCAAGCAGUCGAAGGCACACAGGGUUUCUCUUCAGAUGCCAUUGAAAAUGACUUUAAACCAAAUGAAGAACCUCUUCUCAGAAAAAAUCCUCGUAGAUUUGUCAUCUUCCCACUCCAAUACCCGGAUAUAUGGAACAUGUAUAAAAAGGCACAAGCUUCCUUCUGGACAGCAGAAGAGGUUGAUUUAUCAAAGGACUUCCCUCACUGGAACAAGCUGAAAUCAGAAGAAAAAUACUUCAUCUCUCAUGUCCUUGCUUUUUUUGCAGCCAGCGAUGGAAUUGUAAAUGAAAAUUUGGUGGCGCGAUUCAGCCAGGAAGUGCAAAUCCCAGAGGCUCGCUGUUUCUAUGGAUUUCAGAUUCUAAUUGAGAAUGUUCACUCGGAGAUGUACAGUUUGCUAAUAGACACUUACAUCAAAAAUCCCAAGAAACGAGAAUUUUUAUUUAAUGCAAUUGAAACAAUGCCUUGUGUCAAGAAGAAAGCAGAUUGGGCCCUGAAGUGGAUAGCAGACAGAGACUCAACUUUUGGGGAGAGAGUGGUUGCCUUUGCCGCAGUGGAAGGGAUCUUCUUCUCAGGUUCUUUUGCUGCUAUAUUUUGGCUGAAGAAGAGGGGUCUGAUGCCUGGACUGACAUUCUCCAACGAGCUCAUUAGCCGAGAUGAGGGUCUGCACUGUGACUUUGCUUGCCUAAUAUUUCAUUAUUUAGUGAAGAAGCCUUCAGAAGAGAGAGUCAAGGAGAUCAUUGUUAAUGCAGUUGAAAUUGAGCAGGAGUUUUUAACAGAGGCUUUACCAGUAGGGCUGAUUGGAAUGAAUUGCACUUUGAUGAAACGGUACAUUGAAUUUGUGGCAGACCGGUUACUGACAGAACUUGGGUUCUCUAAGGUCUUUCAAGCAGAAAACCCUUUUGAUUUCAUGGAGAAUAUUUCACUGGAAGGAAAAACAAAUUUCUUUGAGAAGCGGGUUUCAGAGUAUCAGCGCUUUGCAGUUAUGGCAGAAACAACGGACAAUGUUUUCACUCUGGAUGCAGAUUUCUAAUCUCUCUUCAGAGAGCAUCUUGACUUUUUCCCCUCCCCCAUCUCACUGCUUGGGAAGUUUUAUGUAUUUCUUCUGAAGUCUACUAGGAUUUGUUUUCUGGCUUCCUACUUUGUGUGAAGUUAUAAAUUUACACUUGAAUAGAUUGUAAUUUAGCAAUACAAUAUGUAGGUUAUAACCUAUAGUGUAAAUAUCUUUUUGCAUUGCACCCUGUAAGAAGGUCCUCUUAGAAAUUCAUGCAGCUUCUUAAAGGGAUAUACUAUAAAGAGCUUGUUUGACACAUGUUGUGACCAUUGGAUAAAACUGGAUGGGUGACUUGUUUUAAAUGGCUGCAAUAAAUGUUUUACUGUGCUUUAGUUAA